UAAUGUUUUAAUCUCUAUUGAAUUUAAAGUACAUAUUCAUUCAUUUUAUUAUAGAUAUUCAUGGUAGCAAAGUACUAAAGAUGAUAUAAAUAACAAAGAAUUAGUAGAUGCUGCAAUAAGCAUAUUAGGGUUCAGUAUCAAAAAUCUACCUUCUGAAGUAAAUUUAUUGUUUGAUUUAUUAGAAGAAAAAAGAAAUCAUUUAAUAAAUAUAUAGUCGAACUAUUUGGUUAACAUAUCGUAAGAAUUUCCCUUAAAUUUUAAGUAUUAGACAACAUAAAUUUUUAGAUAGCUAAUAAACAACUGAUGCUGGUUGGGGCUGUAUGUUAAGGUCAGGUUAAAUGAUAUGGGCUUAGAUAUUAAGAGUUCAUAUAAGGUAAAAGAAAUAACAUAGCAAAGAUUAUCAAUAUAAAUUACUUUGUGCUUUUUCAGAUGAUGAUGAUGAUGAACAUAAAAAAAUGUUUACAGAUAAUCUUAAAUUUUGUUUGAGUCCUUAUUCUUUACAAAAGAUUGAAGCUAUAUCACAAAUAAAAUUUUCUAAAAAACCAUGUUAAUGGUAUAGUCCUGAUUAAAUCUUGAAUGCGUUAGAAUUAUUACAUUAACAAAAACAACUAGAAGGAAGUGAAGAUUUAAAGAUAUCUAUAUCUGAUAGUAUUUUCUAUGACAAAUUGUAUUCAGAAAUGUAUGGUCUUAAUUAGGAUUGUGAACAUAUUGUUAAUGAAAUAAAAUAAGAUAAAACUAAAGAAAUAUCAAAAAUCUGUAAUAUUUGUGAAAAGAAACAGCCAAAAGCUUUAGCAAUCUUUUUAUAAACAAGAAUUGGAUUGGAUGAAAUUAAUAAGGAAUAUUUACCAUUUUUAAAUGAAUUAAUUGAUUUACCAUAAUUUUAAGGAAUUAUAGGAGGAAAAGAUGAUAAAGCAUAUUACAUUCUUGGAAGAGUCAAUAAAAAAUUAAUAUAUUUGGAUCCUCAUUAUAUUUAAGAACAUAUAAAUAGAGGAAAUGUUGUAAUGCUUAAAGAUACCUUCUUUUGUAAAGAUGUUAAAUAUAUAAAUGAAGAAACAAUAAGUCCAUCAAUAGCUUUUGGAUUUUACUGCUAAAAUCAAAUGGAAUUAGAUAAAUUCUUUAAUUCCCUUGAAUAAAUUAAAAAAAAUUAUGAUAAAGAAAAAAUCUUUUGUUAUAUUAGCAGAAUUACUCCAAACUCAUAUAUCAUUGGAAUAGAUGAAAAUGAUGUUCUUAUAAUUUAAGACGAAGAUAUUUGA